AUGGGAUUUUAUAAUAUGGAUACAAAAGCCCCUAAUUAUCUCAAGUUGCUUAAUUCUCAGCUAAAUCCUACUGAAGAAGCUCUUUAUAAUGAGAUAAAUGAUGCUAAAAAUCAGUUCAACCAAAAUAAAUCUAACCAAUUGUUAAACCCCCAACAGCUAAGAAUUAAAGCAUCUGCUAUCUUAAGCAUGCCAAAUACUGCACAUGUAGAGCAAGAAUUCAGGAAAAUCUACUCAUUAUAUGAAAAUCAGAAAAACACAGCUGAUCCAUGCCUGAGUCAAGCUUAUGAAGAAUAUGUUAAAGCUUAUCACCAAAUUACUACUCUUUAUCAAAUUGAUAGAUUUACUAACAACUUAUACAUUUAUGACACUGAAAGUGAAAGAGAAGAAACAAAAGCGUUGAAAAUUUCAAACAAAUUAUAUAGAUCACGCAUUGCUUUGCUUCCAAACGGUGAAAUGCUCUGCUAUAAUGUAUCCAACAGUUCUUUUCAAGCUAUUAUCAUUGAUAGAAAUUACCAAGUUCAAGAGCUGCCUCAUAGAGUAUCUCAUUAUUACCAAUCAGCUAUUUAUUUCAAUAGAUCUAUCUACUGCUUUGGAGGAAAUUAUAUGAGCUAUCAUUUAAAUUAUUCGAGUAGAUUUGAUUUGGAUGAGUAUCGGUGGAUUAAAUUAUCACCGACACCUCAAACUGAGCUAUAUCAUAACAUAGUAUUCAAUGGGAACCUUUUAAUUCCAGGAAAUCGUUCUCUCUUGAAAUAUUCUAUAGAUAUUGACUCUUUCUCACUCCCCCACUUUAAAUUGGAACAAAAAAUUUUGUUCCAAUUUAAAGGGUUUAGCGGAAUUUACCCCGCUGAGGUAAAUUCCGCAGCCCUCAAAACCGUUACCGGGGUAAAGUCCGCCGUCAAAAAAGUGACGGUUUCCAAAAAUGGCGGAAUUUACCCUCAUCAAAAAAAGAGGGGCGGCAGAAUUUACCCGGGGGUGUGGAAAAAGGGUCAAAAAUAGAGGAUAAAACCCCAAAAAAAAACAAAUUAAAAUAUUAUAAAUGCUAUUGAUUGUUUAAAGAUGCGCAAAUAUAUGUUUGCCUGCGUAAUCACUAAGCAAAUCAAAUAAUAAUUACACAUAUAUAGAUGCAUUUAUCUGCAAUAAAAAGAUUAAAAUAUAUGUAAACAUUUUUGUCCAAUUACAAAAUGCGGCGGAAAAAACCCAACAGGGGAUUAAAAUCUCUGGGAAAAAAAAAUAUGAGCUAAAAACAGGAGGAAAAAACUCCAAUGGGUAAAUUUUUAUCUGUACCCAGACCGAGAAGGCAAAAUCAAGAGAACAGAAUACAAAAACAUAG